UUUUGACGUUUGAAUUUGACGUUUAAUACCGCGUGUUAAGUCGAUAUCUAAACAUUUUCCGGGUUUUUCGUGAUUUUCAAGAACUUUUAUUAUUAAUAAUAUAAAAAUGAGUGGUGAUGGUAAACAACAAGAACAUUUCGAUACGUUAUUCCUAUCGAUCGCGCAACAUCAUCCCCAAGGGCCUACGCAGCUUUUGGAUACUUUUGUGAACUUUUUAAGUAGAAAAACUGACUUUUUCACUGGAGCGAAAGAAGGAGAGUGGGAAAAGUUGGUGUUGAACACUUUCAAAAAAUACGAAAAAUUGAGCAGGGAAAAUCACGAGGCGGAACUAAAAGAAAAACGGGAACAAGAAGCCCGUAAAAAAGCGGCGGCUGCCAAAAAAGCACAAGCCGAAACCGUUAAACCUGCUCAAAUUACAGAACUGACAGAGGAAGAGGCUGCUAAGCUUCAAGCUGAGCUUGACGCUAAGAAUAACGUCUCUUCUGCUAGUUCUUCGAGCACGCCUGUACCAACUCCUCCGGCCCCCCAAAAGAUUGAGGAAGACGAGGACGAAUCUGAAAAGGGCAAAUUGCUGCCUAACAAAGGAAAUGGAUGCGAUCUAGAGAAGUAUACCUGGACUCAAAAUUUAGGCGACAUUGAGUUACGGGUACCUUUAAAUGCGAGCUUCAGAGUAAAACAGAAGGAUCUGAUUGUGAAUAUGACGAAGAAACACUUGACUUGCGGCAUUAAGGGUCAACCGCCGAUCAUAGACGAUGAUUUUCUACACGAAAUCAAGUUGGAGGAGUCCAGUUGGGUGAUAGAGGAUGGGAAAAUGUUGCUAUUCACUUUUGAAAAGGUGAACAAGAUGAACUGGUGGAGCAAAAUAGUGAAGUCCGAUCCUGAGAUUAGCACGAAAAAAAUCAACCCGGAACCGUCGAAGUUGAGCGAUUUGGACGGAGAAACCAGAGGCAUGGUGGAAAAAAUGAUGUACGAUCAAAGACAGAAGGAGCUGGGUCUCCCCACUAGCGACGAACAGAAGAAACAAGACGUUCUGAAGAAGUUCAUGGAACAGCAUCCGGAAAUGGACUUUUCCAAAUGCAAAUUCAACUAAUUACUCAAUUUUCUUUAAGUUGUUGCACUUCAAAGCACAGAUAAUUUCCAUUUUUUUAUUAUUAUUUUUUCUCGCUUGGUAUUACAAUGGAUCCGCGUCAGUAGAUGCCAUUUUUGCGGUUGAAACUGCAGAUUAUAUUUGUUUUGAAGUUACCCGACUUUAAUUUUAUGUCAUUUAUCUUAUUUUUUCAAUCGUUUACUUUCGAUAAAUAAAUUAUUUCAUAUUUUUAUCGGUUGUAUAUUUAUUUAACUCUCGAAUAAAUACCCUUUAACUCUCAAAUAUUUAAAUGUCCUUUAAUUUUUGGCGUAUUUCUUUACUAUCUGCAAUUAAAUGUCGUCGAUAUGCAAAGCAAGAGCGUUUCAGAUCAAGAGGUACUUAACUCUCGAGCAAUUUUUAAAAAUAUUUCUUCUCUUCAGCGUUUGUAUUCUUAAAUUCUUGAGCAAAUAAUGAUCUCGUGCCUCGAGAUUUUAACUCUAGAAAUAACGAUAACUUUCC